AUGACCGGCGAAUUGUUUCAACUGCUCAGCGAGCAAAGUUCGUUGCGGCAUCCUGAUCCACCGGAGAACUCGUGCUGCGACUGGAGCAACCGGCAAUUGGUCGACGCAUUCUGCGAAGGGGUUCGACUGGCUGAGAAGGAUGGGCUGACCCGAUCCCUGUUUCAAGUCCGGGUUGGGCAAUUGCGAAAUGGGUUAGCCAGGGCAACCAGCCAGGCACUGUUGAGCGGACAACUGAUCGGCAGCGAGAUCUGGUCGCUUAAGACACAGAGUGCGAGCGAUGCCCAUAUUGUGCUAUGUGCUGGUCAAAAGUUGAGCGUGCCGUAUCGCAUGGCCCUUGAACUGGCAGGCAUGGCCCAUCGAACGACCGAAAUCUCGGUCGAAGAAGUCGAACGGCUCUCGGCCGCCGGACAGUGGCAAGCGUUGAACUUGUGUCGGCAACGAUCCGAAGAGCACACUCAGCAGUGUUGUGAGUACGCCUUUCCAAUGGCCGUCGAAGCGAUUGUCGCGGGCGGCAUGAACACGGUCGAAGUGACACUGAAUUCGCCGGAUGCGUUGCGUCAGAUUCAAUCGCUGCAGACCGAAUUCGCAGGGAAGAUCAAUGUAGGUGCGGGAACCGUAUGCAAGGCAUCCGAUGCAAAGGCCGCGAUUGAACGUGGUGCGUCGUUCCUGGUCACGCCGAUCGUUGCCGAGGACGUGAUUCAAGUAGCCGUGCAAGCGGAUGUCCCGGCGUUUGUCGGGGCGAUGACGCCAACCGAGAUUUUGCGGGCAUGGGACUGCGGGGCGUCUUUGGUCAAAUUGUUCCCGGCCGAUGCCUUGGGCCCAGGCUACUUGAAAAGCGUACGCGGUCCCCUCGCGCAAGUUCGCUUGAUGCCCACCGGCGGCGUGACCGUCGAGAACCUGGCCGAGUAUCUUGCGGCCGGGGCCAGUGGUUUUGGAAUUGGCGGACCUCUCUUCGACAAGCAGCAGAUCGCAGACCAGAACUGGGCAUGGCUCACCGAUCAGGCUCACCGCUUUGUGGCCGCCUACGAAGGCCCGAGGAUUUCAUCCGUCCUAACUCUUGGCAAGAUCCGCAUCCUGGGUGAGUCGCCGGACCGAACUGCUACGACAUCGACGUUCAGCUUGAUGUUCGACAUGAACGUCGUCUUCGAGCGAUAUAUUGCCCAGGUGAUGAAACGCGCGAUGGUCUUGGGAGAUCGCCACGCAUCGGCUCAGGUCGGUGGGAAGCAUUUGCUAAGUAGGAAUGGUAAGGGCAAAUUCCGGUUGAUUCCAGACAUUGGAAUUUACGAGAAUAGAAAGCUGAUCUGCCUGGUCGAUACGAAGUGGAAGCUGCUUGACCGUUCCAAGUCCCACGACGGCGUAUCUCAGGCGGACAUGUACCAGAUGUAUGCGUAUGCCAGGGAGUUUCGGUGUUCGCGUGUGAUCCUGCUGUUCCCUGCUACCGACAAUGUUUCCGAGCGGAUAGCAACGUAUGAGCUGGACGAAAUUGACGGAGUACUACGCAAGAUUGAG